AUGUCACUGAGUCUGGCGUUAAGUAACAAAUAUUUACCAGUACAUACUAUUGUUGAGAAAGAUGAUGUUAAAAAUGUUUUACAAGAUGGAUUUGUUAUUGUACCAGCUCAAACAAAAUUUCGUGAUAUUGUGACAGUUGUUUUAAAAACAAUGGAAGGUGAUAUUGGAAAACUUGAUGAUGAAGAUGUCGUGGAAGGUAAAAUGAUCUAAAAUUUAUGAUAUAUAUAACAUUCUUGUAUAAUAUAUUCUUCUAGGUCAAAUUUUGAUAAAAAAUUGGAAUCCAUUACCAGUAUCAAUUGUCACAGAGAAUAAAUCGGCUACUGUACA